AUGACACCGAAUCCUUCUUCCACCAACAAAGCCGAGGCUAGCCCGACCAAUGUGAUUGUUGUGGGCGCAGGACCAGUGGGCUUGCUUACAGCACUGAGACUGGCCCAGAGUGGCAUCCAUGUCGACGUGUUAGAGAAGGAGGAGAAGCUAAACGUUACUCCCCGUGCGUGCUCUUACUACGCAGCUGCUCUGCAUGCCCUUCAGCGCGCCAAGGUCCUGGACGAUGUCAAAAAGGCUGGCUUCACUACGCAUGGUCUGUGUUGGAGGAGUCCACUUGAAGACGAUGGUAAGGGAGGAAAGAAAUUCGGAGACAUACUAGCGAGCUUGCCAAUUGUAGGCAACGAAGACUGGGACAGUGGAGUGGUCAACCUUCAGCAGGCCAAGCUGACGAAUCUAUUAUAUCAGAAGGUCCUUGAGACUGGUCUGGUUACUGUUCAUCUUGGGGCAGAGCUUGUGGCCAUUGAACAAGAUUCAAACUCCGUGACGGCGAUUGCCAUUCGUGGAGGCGGCAAUCAGGAACAUUUUCAAGGCUCGUUCCUUGUCGGUGCGGAUGGAGGAAGAUCUACUACCAGAAGACUCCUUGGAAUUCGCUUCAAAGGCCAUAGCUGGCCUGAACGACUUGUGGCCAUGGAUGUCCUGCUUGAUGAUGUCGAGUUUGAUGAGAAGUUUCCGAGCUCGCUUUUUGUCGACCCUAUUUACUAUGGCCUGAUGUCGCCACUGGAGGAGCCCCGGGCUGGCACGGAAAGCCUAUGGAGGUGCACGGUAGCAGUCGAUCCUACGGAUGCACGCACAGAUGAUGAACUAGUUUCAGAAAACAGUAUUGAAGAGCUUCUUCUUAAAGCCGUUCCCGGCCCAAGACCACUUCCUUUCAAAGUCCUUAGGGCGUCCCCGUAUCGCGUGCAUCAACUUUGCGCUUCUACAUUCAACCGUGGUCGGUGCGCUCUGGCCGGUGAUGCAGCUCAUCUAAAUAACAAAUCCAGCCCAUGGGAGCCAUGGGUCUCACAACUGGUCUUAUUGACUCCGAAGCUCUUGCAGAUGCGCUAG